AGCACUUAUCGUGAGAUCUCACCUUCUAACAAUGCGACUGCUGCGGACACUGCGCAUUAUGAACCAGGGACAACCCGAAGUGCAGCUUUCAGCUUUGCGCCUGAAGUACCACGAGCGCAAGGAUGCCUUCCUGGAGGAGAAUAUCAAGAUAAAGAAUCCCUUUUGCAUAUUUCGCGAUUGGUUGGAGCUGGCUCUUAAGACGCCGGAGAUUCUGGAGCCCAAUGCAGCAGCCCUGGCCACUGUGAACCCCCAGGGAAAACCAUCUAAUCGCUUUGUUCUGGUCAAGGAGGCCACCGCCGAGGGGUUCACCUUCUUCACGAACUACGGGAGCCGCAAGGCCGACGAUAUUUUGGAAAAUCCAAAUGUGGCAAUAUCCUUCUACUGGAUGCCUCUCCGACGCAGUGUUCGCAUCGAGGGAGUGGCAGAGAAAAUCCCUAAAGCAGACUCCCUGAAGUACUUCCAUGAGCGACCAAGGGCCAGCCAAAUCGGAGCCAUCGCCAGUCCUCAGAGUCGGCGCAUUCCCUCCAGAGGCUACCUUGAUGAACUGGAGGCCGGAAUCAAGGCCCAACUAGGACCAGAAGAAGAGGUGCCGCUCCCCAAUUGGGGUGGAUAUCUGGUGCGUCCCAAUCUCAUAGAGUUCUGGCAGGGACAGACGGAUCGCCUACACGAUCGCAUUCGUUUUAGACGUGGCCAAGGAGUGCAGACAGAGGUCGAUGGCAAGCUAAUUCAUGGCGGAGAAGAUGGUUGGAUCUACGAGCGAUUGGCUCCUUAGGAAGCGUAACCAUAAAUAAUUAAGUUCCAAAAUGCAUUCGUUAUGUCUUCCAAAGGGCUUAGUGGUAGAGAAAUUGCUCAGAAUUGUUAUUAGAAAUAUGAAAAUUUGAAGUUUCAAAUCAAAA